UUCAAAAAUCGUUCAACUCUUACCUCAAACAAUCGCCAUACUUAUAUUCAUUCUUCUUCGACUGCUAUUUGCGUUCUUGUCUUCUUACGCCUAAUGUAGCAGCCUACCGCCGGAACAAAAGUGACUUCGCCACGGAUAUCUGCGCGAGGUCUGCUCUGGCUUAAGAGCUAUUGAUCUAUCUAGCUGAAUUUCGUGAUCUCGACCGGGGCCCAUGAAUCCAGCUUUGCUUUUGAACCCGAAAGCCUACAAGAAGAACGUUCAGUCGAAGAGCAAGAACCUUGAGGAUUCAAAGAGCGGCCCCAGUGCUUCAAGUUCUGUGCACGAUGCUUCUGGGGGAUAUUCUGGCGGAAAUGGAAGUGACAAAUCACGUGCAAUUGCAAAAGAUAAGCCGGUACAUGACUCUGUAAACGAUGCAAAAACUGUCGGCUUGACUACGAAGCGAGCUCAUCGUGCGCCCGCAGUCAGUCCUGGGAAAGGAACACAAGACGAACCUGCCGUUAUCACUGAUGAGGAUGAGCCCCGUAACAUUAAUUCUGCUAGUUUGUACGAAAAGACUUUUGGACUUCAAAGGCGUACCGAAGUACCCAUCAAGCGACGUUUAGGCGGUGCUUUAGUAGAAGACGUCAAUGACGAAGCAAGCAAAAAAAGGAAGCUUGAGAUCAAGGGCGGAAGUGGUGUCGUGUCAGAAUUUCUCGAAGAUGAGAAGCUAAAGGACGCUGAAAGGCUCGCAGACGGCAUUGGUCUUGCAAAUGCUAUCGACCUUACAGAUGACAACCCUCCGGCUGCCGAACAUCAAGAAGAUUUGGAUAGCGAGUCGCGAGUUUUGCUUGGGAGACUUGAGCUUUCAGGAAAAGGAUCGCCCUACGCUAUAGUAAAUAAUGUCCCAUUUAUGAAGCCCGGAGGCAUAUUUAAGCCGUCAACCAAAGAUCCUAAAUGGCCAUCAAUUCCUGUGCGACUGGUACACGAGAAAUCAAUCCUAGUUCGGUUAGUUGACCCCAUGCGACAGCGGUUCGGAACGCUUGAUGGCAACACAGCCAAAGCGAUUGUGCCGUUAAUGGAGCAGCUACCCGGUGUAUCUUUCAAAGUUCUUGUCCAGCCACGAAAGAGGAUAGGCGACGAACGUGAAGGGGAUACUGUAUCGCAGCGUGCAGAUCUCUUUAUUCGAAUAUUUGCUCGCAAGAAGGAUGCAAAGCGCAUUGGAACACAUCUCUCUCAUCAGGGAGUUUGGCUGCGGCAAUGUCCGGUUGGUCUAAAUGAGCAGUACUAUAAUCCCCAUGAUCCGAGAUCCUUUUUGUCGCAAAAUGCAUCUUCAACAAGUUCGGCUACGCAGGCCGUGCCCUCUGUGAUGCGCACAGUCGAAGAGAUUAGAUCAGACGUUCUGAACAUGUUUGACUCACUCACACAGACCGAACAGCUUCCAGAAGCGAAUCAACCUACUAAUGUCCAGACAAAGUUAUUAUCACACCAGAAACAAGCACUUUAUUUCCUUAAGGAACGUGAAGAAGACCGCUCAUUGCCUGGGAAGGGGACCGGUGAAACUUUCCACCUCUGGAAAUCAAAUCUUGCAGCGAACGGAAAAGUUACAUACUAUAACGUUAUUACGGGAACAGAGCGUACGAGUCGACCCCCGCUUGUGCGGGGCGGCAUCCUCGCUGAUAUGAUGGGACUUGGAAAGUCACUCAGCAUGCUGUCACUGGUGGUCGACUCGAAGGAAGAAGCCAUCGACUUUUCGAAACUAGCGUCUCAUGCUGCAGAUAAUCCAAGCCUUAAGGCAAGCUCGCGAGCCACUUUACUUAUUUGUCCACUUUCUGUGGUGUCAAAUUGGGAAACACAAAUUAAGGAUCAUCUUGCUCCCGACGCGCUGAAGUACCACGUGUACCAUGGCAAGGACCGCAUAAGUGAACUUGAGGAGUUGAAGGAUAAUGACAUUAUCAUAACAUCUUACCAUACAGUCGCAAAUGAAAUGCGCAGGCAUACCUCACCCUUAUUCAAGGUCAGAUGGUUUCGCAUUAUAUUGGACGAAGCUCAUAUGAUCCGAAAUCCCGCUGCCGGAAUUUCUAUUGCAACUUGCGAGCUCUUCGCUGAGAGGCGCUGGGCAGUUACUGGAACACCUGUGCAGAACCGCUUAGAUGAUCUUGGAAGUCUAAUCAAAUUUCUGCGAAUCCCGCCGUUUGACGAAAAGGGAGCGUUCGCCCAAUAUAUUCUAUCACCAUUCAAGAAUGCCGAUCCCGAAAUCCUUCCGAAGCUACGUCUCUUGGUGGACAGCAUCACCUUGCGACGUCUAAAAGACAAUAUCGACCUACCAAAGCGGCGAGAUGUUAUUGUCAGGCUAAAGUUUACCAAGGAAGAAAGGGAGCUCUACAAAAUAUUUGUCGCCGAUUCGAAGAGCAAGGUUCAGCUACUUGUUAAUGGCGAACGCAUGGGGGGCAAAAGCUACGCGCACAUCCUUAGGUCUAUAAUGCGCCUAAGAUUAAUAUGUGCUCAUGGAGAGGAGCUUUUGAGUGACGAUGAUCGGAAAUUGUUGGAGGGUUUGACAAAAGACAAAGCGAUUGACCUGACAGAAGACGAUGGCGACGAUGAGCAAGACGAUGACGAAGUUUUGAAAUUAUCACCGAAACAAGCAUGCGAGAUGUUAGAGCUGCUUCGCACAUCUGGAAUCGACGACUGUCCAAGGUGUGGUGACAAGAUCAUGAAUAGAAUUGAUUCUGAUGAGGAUGAAAUUCGUGCGGAUACAAACACGAUUGGUUACAUGACAGGUUGCUUUCAAAUAAUAUGCCCUCGCUGCUUUCCAGAACACGAAACUCAGAUAACGGAGCUGAUUGCGCGAAACAUUCAGGAAGAGAUUGAGCGCCUAGAAAACCAGGGCAUCGAUGAGCCGGAUGUCAGCAUCAACACAUACAACUGUCCUUAUUGCGGGACAGAGAAUGUGAAGCAAGGCCACUACAGGAUCCUCCAGUCGGAAGUAGAAGCAUACGAAGCAGAGAAAGCACGCAUUCGCAAUAAUCCGAAACUUGCGAGGCAGAUGGGCUUCUACCGUGGUCCACACACUAAGACCUUGAAGUUGAUUGAGUAUCUGAAGAGCUUCGAGGCUGAGGAUCAUGCUUCGCCGAGCAUAGACCCUAUUAAGAGUGUUGUUUUCUCGGCCUGGUCUUCUCAUCUUGACCUUAUUCAGAUUGCUCUUACGGCAAACGAUAUCAAGUACGCACGCCUCGAUGGCUCAAUGUCUCGCAGGCUCCGCGCUCAAGCUGUCUACGAAUUCACCAACAAUCCGGAAGUUCGUGUUAUUCUUAUAACGAUUGGCGCAGGUGGCUUGGGUCUCAAUCUCACCGCAGGGAACAAGGUCUUUGUGAUGGAGCCGCAAUUUAAUCCAGCAGCAGAGCAACAAGCAGUUGAUCGAGUGCACCGUAUAGGUCAGACUCGCGAGGUCGAAAUCAUUCGCUUCAUCAUGCAUGAGAGCUUCGAAGAGAACAUACUGGCUCAGCAAAAGAAGAAGAUUGAGCUUGCAGAUUUGACAGUGAACAGAAACAAAAAGAUGGACAAAGCCGAGGCAGCCAGGGCAAAAUUGGAAAGUCUGAAAAGUUUGUUCCGCUAAAUUAUAGAACGAUGGUGGGAUCAUUUCGGCGAAAAAAAAAAUAAUCUAUCAAAGGCGUUAGGGUUGAGUAGAUGCUAAGCGUAUGGACUGAACGGCGAUGACUUACGACAUAUCCGCAGCUUACAAAAAUCAGUCAAGCAGCGGCAGAAGAGAACGAAGAGAGAAGCCUCCACGCUCGUUGGAACGUUCGACGUUCGCUUUUGAAUACUUCGAGUCACGGACCAGCAGAGGUACCAAAAGGAUGCUUGAUAAUGCAGGCCAGAACGGCUUAUUGCCCAAAAGCGAGAUAUACAUACAUCAAUACUUACACGGAGGCAAUGAACGACGAAUGGAUGCAUUCGAAAUGCGUCUUUAAAAAACGAAGUUCUCCACGAAAGAUAUCUACUACAGUAGAGAGAUCAGGUGCUAAAUAAUGAGACCUACUUGAUCUCCUCGGAUCUGAUUCACGGUUCGCGUGAUAUAUAAAAAUCCAUAACAAGGAAAACUUUA